GAAACACCAGGUGGCGCUGCGAUAAGAACCGACGAUAAAGGAAAAUUUGCGCAUAGAAAUUUGCAGCUCCUGUUGCACGACUUCUGCAAAAGCCGACAAGUUGUCUAGAAAAUUUCAAUUUUCACAUAAUAUAAUUAGCGACAUAUUUAUCUACCAGAAAGAAAAAACAACAACCAUGGAGCAGAUUCUCUGCACAGUCCGCAACCCGGCGGACGGGUCGCACAUCAUCCAAGCCCUCGACGUUUUGUCCACUCCGGGCAACUAUGCAUUGCAAAUAUGUCUGGGUCUGGAAAGGUGGAACUUGUGAUGCUGUCUUUGGAUUCUACCAAAAUCUGUAUUGCAUGACCAGCAACAGGGCCCCAGUUUGUGAUACGCGGGGGGAGCAUUUCUCAUGCGGGAUAGGCAUGAUCACGAAGCCCUGUAAAAAUCUGCGAUGCAAGGUCAUGCAUUACAGGCAAUCAUGGGUCAUGCAAAAUAUGCAUGACAAACCUGGCAAUCUUCCAGACCCAGACAUAUUUGCAGUUGAUAGCAACUCCAUCGUGCUCCAGCAGUUCGCAGAAUGCCCGAAACAAGCGGCCUCGACCGCCGGCACCUUCCAGCAGAUUUCCUCCACGAAAGCCUAUCAAAUGCAAAAAUGUCUGGGUCUUGAAGAACGCAUGUCUGUCAUGCUUGUCUGACAUGAGUCUUAAAUCUGUAAUGCACGCUAUCCAAGAGCCCUGUUUUUCUGUGAUGCAGAAACGCAGUUUGUCAUGCAGAAUAGGCAACACCUAGAGUAGAAGCUCAGAAACUUGUCAUGCUAAGCCAGCAUUUGUGGCCUCAUCAUGAGACGCCACCCAGCAUCACAAGUUUCCAGACCCAGACAUUUUUACAUUUGAUAAAGCCAUCCCCUUUGCGGUUUCAAACCACGGACGCUACCUGGCCUGCACGUUGUAUCCAGAUAAAGCGAUACUUUUGGUGUGGAAAAUUUUGCCCAAGCCAGGGCAACAAGCUACCGGCAAUGCAGCUGGAGCAACUACCAGUACUACGAGCAAGAAAGUCAACACCUCCUCUACCGGCCUCUCCUCGAGACUGUCCACCCCCCACUACCGGGCGUCGUAUCAACUGCAAAAAUGUCUGGGUCUGAAAGAGUGCCAAACUUGUCAUGCAGGUUUUCCAUGACCCAUGAGGUCUGGUAUGUAGGACAUAGCAUGAAAAAUUCUGUUAGAGUUCUAUCAUGCGUAUUCUGCAUGAGAAACUGCCUCUCGAUUAGGUCAAAAGUGAGCAGCUUUUGGUAAUCAUGCAACACAGGGGUUAAUCUGGAUGCCAGACCGAUGGACCGAAUAGGGGAGGACAUGGGUAUAGGGCGGCUAUCAGGGCUCCAGGGCGAGGAGCUCAACACCUCGCGGAAGAAGAUCGCAAAGGCACAUAAUACACUCUCGAGGGGGCUUCUACGGAAGUCGCAGGGGAAUCUUGUCACCGCAACAGACGGGCUGGUAGACAAAGAUAGAAAUCUAGGUGUAGGCGCAGGGGCAAGCUGGUGGUGGGAGCCGGUAGGGGACGACGGCACAGGGAGACUAACUACGGAAGCAGGGGAGGACGCUAUGCCGGAGCCAGCAUGGAUUUCGGGCUCCUAUGUUUGCUCUCCCAUCGAGGACGUUCAUACGGACUCCUUUGAUGCGGAGUGUGUAGGGCUAAUACAACAGCUAAAAGAGAUAGAGCACCAAAUAAAGACCAGCCCACACUUGAAGCAUAUGCUGCGGCAUUUUUACUUUUUUCUAGACAGCAACUCCAUAGUGCAGGCUUUGGAGUGCUACUGUGACAGCAGCAGUGAGAUGGUCCAUAGUAUUAUGAAGCACAUGGAAAUGAUAGAAACUGCAUGCAUAGGAAGGAAACCGAACGAGGAGGAAGAAGCUUGGUUUCACUUCCGCUGGACCCCGGGGCAUUGUGGCCAACAGGCGAAUGAUUGCGCUGACCACUUGACGAACAUCUACAAGCAGAUGUGGAAAGAUGGGGACCAAGACUACAGCGAGAACGCAGCGCGACCCAUUUACACUAAACUGAUCACAGCGCCUAUUUUGCGGCGCUUGCUGUUGCGAAGGGUGCUGGAUAAAAGCGUAGCGCAGGCCGACUCGGUCUCCGCCUACUUACGUGAUCGCGCGAAGGAGCUCGGGAGCUUCCGCCCCCCGGUCGGGGUUUUUCCGAACCGGGAGGCAGAGCUGCUGCACUUCUGGAUCUGGCUGGGCAUCGCACCCCAGCCACAUCUCGGCUGCGAUGAGAUUCAAUACGAAAAUGGAAAAAUGAAACAAAAAUGCAAAAAGUGCGGGGCUUGGUCCCAUUGUGGUGUGGACCAUGCUCUUUUCGAAUGUGAAAAAAUUGAAAAACCGCGAGUGCGUCACCUGGGCUUUUCUAAAUGCGCCCCGACCCUGGGGCGUGAGCUGCUCAGGUGCCCGCAGAAAAUUAUGCGUCUGGUCGUGGAUGCGGAAGCAGAGCUAACGCAUGAGUUCUUCCGUGAGAAAGUGGGGGGCUGUGUUGAAAAAAUAGGAAUUUCAAUGGAAAGAAUUCCAAAGCAGCAUGCUAAGAUGGAAAAUGUGUACAAGAAAGCGAAUGACUUGACUAGUAUGAAAGUAUUCACCAAGCUAAUGCCACUAAAAUACCUGGGCUAAAAGAUAACGACGAUGCCUUGAAUCAAAAACAACCAAUUCUCACAGGAAAUAGCACACACAAAAACCUCUGACCUUGUAUAGACUGCACCUGUAAACGACAAGAACGUCAGCACUGCAAGCACGGCGACACUGAGGAAGGGCAAGGCGAAUAAUGAAAAAUACCAGGUAUAUUGACUAUCAGCACGGAUGUGAGUUGCUUGGUAGGAUAUCAGAUGAGAUGCUAAGUGUCCUAGUAGGUAUUCUAAUAUGAAAAUGCAUAUCGAAUCAUAGUACAUAUUAUUUUCUAAUGUAAACUCUUAUAAAUUCAAAAAACAACAAACCACCAGGUCCCUGCAGCGGAGCCCGCUCGUCACGUAAAUCAAGGGAACCCCAUUCAAUGCCAGACCUCGGUGGAGCUGUGGCUCAUCGCUGAGAAAUUAGUUUAGAAUUGUACCAAACAGCGCUUAAAGUAACCUUGUACUUAAUGAGCUGCUUUUCCACCUUGUCCCCUGGAUACAAAAAGACAGCGACCUGGUAUUUAUAUAAUGACCGCUUCCUCAGCUUCAUCGCUUUCGUGCUAAUACAAAGAUCGUUCGUGGUGCUGAGCAGUCGUUGAUUCGUUUCGCGUAGAAUUCAACUAGCCAGCAGGCUAGAUGUUGUUCGCUCACAUCGGUAUUUUCGCGUUUGUCCUUAAAAUUUUAUAAAAACACAAAAACAACUGCAGGGACAGGAUGAGAAAGUGGGAGAAUGAAGGAGAUAGUGUAGAAUGGUUUCGAUGCUGGAUUAUAGUCGGAUAAGUUCGCUUUUUGUAGGAUUUUCGAAGAAAGUAAUGUAGUUCUGGUCUUUUACGCACUACAGAAGCACUAUGGAGCUCCUCUAUAGUGCUUUAAUUUUAUCAUCUUGCAGGAGUCACAUACUAGGUGAAGGCAGUUUUAGCCACCAGCCCGGUUGAUAUCUGACUAAUUGUAUGUUACCACUGUAAAGUAGUACUAUUCAAUUUGUAAUGCUGUUUGCGUUUAGAUUAUGGUUAUUCAACUUGUUCUACCUUUGUUUGAAUGCACAUGAGGAAUAAAAAUAAAGUUGAGAAAGAUGGACUUGAUGUGCGCGCUGCUGCGUGAACUACUGUCAUGGUGGCAGUUGUCAUCUUCUUUGCUUCGUCGUGAACUGGUAUCAGCGGCGGAGGACUGGUUAGGAAGCAAGUAGGGAUUGCAACGACGGGUGAGGAGGAAAACGCGAAGACGGAAGCGGAGGAAAGACGGAAUUGAGGAUGAGGAUGCGGGGAGCUGCUGGAUUUAUCAAAAAAGGUAGGGCCUAAGGCCACGGGAACGCCGAGUACACCCGCGCACUUCUUCGUGAAUCGCCCCCCGCUUUUUGCGUGUUGAACAGAGGCCGAAAGCAAAAGAAAAAUCAAAAGAAAAAUCAAAAGAAAAAUCAAAAGAAAAAUCAACAGAAAAAUCAAAAGGAAAAUCAAAAGAAAAAUCAAAAGAAAAAUCAAAAGAAAAUCAAAAGAAAAAUCAAGAAAAAUCAAAAGAAAAAUCAAGAAAAAAUACGAAGCCCCUCGGCAAUCGGCACGCGAGAAGUUUUGCAAAAAAAAAAAAAAAAUCAUGCAGCACAGAUUUUUACAUGAUUCAGAUUUAGCAUGACAAGUUGCUUUGUUCCAGACCCAGACACUUUUGCAUUUGAUACUUCGCUUCCCGAGAAAAUUUCCUGCAUGGAAUUUUCCUCCUGUUCCCAUUACCUGUUAUGCACUGCAAGAGUAUCGCACUCGUAGUAAUUGCGUUUUCUGCAUCACAAAUCUGGUUUCCUAGGGGAUUCACCAUGACAAAUUCCGUUUGUCAUGCUGACAAAGUUUGUAAUGCAAACACCACUAGGUAGUGCGAUGCUUUUGCAAUGCAUACCUCUUCUGCGGCAGCGAGUCGGGGAAAAUUUACGUGUGGCACCUGCCGACGGGGGAGCUGGUGAACUGCCUAGGGGGGAACGUCAGCGACACGGCGCAUUAUCAAACGGUGUGCAGUCUGAAAAUUUCAGCGGACGACGCGUUGCUGGUUUCCGGGGCGAAAGACGGAUCCGUGGCGGUUUGGAAAAAUCUGUACGGGCAGGCGGGUGCGAGUGGGACGAAUAAAAACACCGGGUUUAUUAGUAACAACACGAGCGGAAAUCUGUUCCGGAAGUGGACCGGACACACGCUAGCGGUGACGCAGGUAGAGAACAAAAUUAGAUAUUCACACCACAUUGAAUCCGGUUACUGCAUGCUUGUUGUGCAUGGUCGUUGCAAUAGAAACUGAGCGCUUCUAUACUGUACUGCAUGAGAAACUCGUCACACAUUACACGAAAAAAUCAGGUUGCCUUCACAGAAGAUUCCACCUCUAUCAUUUCCGCCUCUCUCGACCACUCCCUCCGUCUCUGCGACAUCAUCUCCGGAAGAGAAGUGAAAUCGAUCCAAACCGGGUUUGCGGUCCGCGCGUUCGCGGUCGGAAACUUGGGCCAGGUCUACGUCGGGGGGUCUUUGGGCUCGUUGAAAACGUUCGAUCUAUUCGGCGACCGGGUGGAAGGGGAUGACUUUCUGGGACAUCAUCAAAGCCGGUUGAAACAAGGUAAGGACAGUACGAUGAUAAUGGUUCAACAUCCACACAGUUUCAGUUGUCGUGUUUGUCUGUUGACACACAGCAACUAUCGCGGCAACACUGGUGGUUUCUGAUUUCGAAAAAUUGAAGCUCAAGCUCUUGCAUGACAAACUAAUACCACAUCGAAAAAUUAUAAAUAGGUCUUGCCAGCACGCCCUUUGCCGUCCAGACAAGCCAGCACAACUUCUCCGACGACAAAAACGCUUUAGGAGCUCCUACUGCUGUAUCCCCUCCAAUCACCGAGUUGCAGCUGUCGCACGACAGAUUGUUCUUACUGGUGUCGAAUUCUUGUGAUUUGAAGGUUUACGACACGAGAAACGGGCAGAACGUUAACACGGUCAAAAACGUAAACGCGUUGAUUUCCACCGUCAUCGACACGAGUGCGAUGCCUGGAGGCAGGAAAAAGCGAGGUACAAACAACUGCACAUCAAGUUCUACUUCAGCAUCCAACAUAACUCACGACAUCCACUGGCAACCGUUGCAACGUGCGGUGAUGUCGAGUGCGACGAGAAAUUCAAAUUCUGCUUUUGGGAGACAAGCCGCGGCUUCUUUGGCACGAAAAAUGGAGGAAGAGUUGCACUUGCAGAAGGACAAUUUGCGGUUUUCCUGUUUUACAAAAACAACUGGGACAACGACGACGAACAAGCGGGGUCGAGACGAUAUUCAUACCCUUUCGACGUCAACUCUGGUGAACCUACCCAGCUCCGAAUUCUCUACUACCUCAAGGCAGCGACUCGCCACCGAGAUUGCGAGAAGGUUGAUUUCCAAGGACGUUUUUAAGGAGAAUGAAGAAACUAGUGCUGGAAAUAAAUCUGUAGCCGAGGAGGAAAAGAACCAGGCGCAAAAGAAAGAACAGGGGGCUCCUGCAGGUGGUAGUAAUAAAGACAAAGCAACUUCUGCAAAUCAGCAAGUACUAGCGAACAGUACGAAAGCAGCGUCGAAAGCGGCUUCUAGUGCUGAUGCUUCGAGAACAAGUAUGAAGAUCAGGUUCCUGCCGCCGGAUUGCUUCUCUGUACUCCGUAGUAUUGGCGGGGGGACAACUGCUGCUCCUUCGCGAGGACUGGCCAGUCGUGUUGGAGGUGUCACAACCUGUUCCAAGAAUUAUAGCGGUCUAUCUCCCUCUUCUUCCCUCCGUGACGAGCUGUUAAAGUACCACAACACGCCGUCCAUUCGGAAUUUGGAUUUAACAGAAUUAAUUCCAGCGACAUCUUCAUCCUCCACCGCAAAAAUUAUAGCCUCUGCAUCAUCAUCCUCAACAAAAUCUACAGUGUCAAAAGAGUCAUCCAGUCACGAAGCCGCCGAAGAGGACCGGCAGUUCGAGCUGGACUUCCUCCGACAGAAACUCAUCAACACGCAGAAAACUUCCACGCGGUGGCGCAAACUCGCGAACAAAUUUUACUCGGAGGUGUUGCCGAAAAUGAAUUACAUCAAGGAAAAAGAUUUGGAGGAAAAGGAGAAGCAAAAACAGCGAGAAAAGAUGCGGUCGGAUACGAAACUGCCGAGUUUGAUGAUGUCAACUUCAACAUCUGCACAUCAAGUAGAACAUCAGAAUAAGUCUAUGUCGUCGAAGAACAACAGCACCAGUAUGGGGCUGAACCCGAACUGCAGUGCGUUUAGCGAUCAGGAACAACAAGCGGUGGAUGACGAUGUGGAGAUGGAAGAUGAAGAGGAAUAUGGGAAAAGGCAAGCUGGCAAUGGCAAUGAAGCCGCGACGAAGAGCAAGUUGCUCGGGGGUGCUUGAAGGAAUGAUCCGGAUGAAAAGGAAACCUUGUGAAGGACACUGUCACUGACGCAGCUAUGGACAGGGAUGUUAUUUGUAGAAGUACUACCACGCAGACGCAUGGAGGUCAUCGAAAAUGAAAUGAAAAUUUUAGGACAACUCACUUUACGCAUUGCGCGACUUUUGUGUAGAUGCGUUGCUGGC